CUUGAAAUGCCAAUUCAACUGCAGUGUCUACAUUUCCCCUUUCCUCUGCGCACAGCUGCGCAAGUUAGGCGCAGCUUUGACUCAAAGAAACACACCCACAAUUACGACCAAAUUUUCAGACUCGCUCGGUGCAGCAGUCCCUAUCAUUUCCAACGGCAACCUUCUGUGUCAUGUGUUGAUCUCGCGAGAGCAUUAGCUGUUUCUACUGCGAUCUGGGCUGCAGCAGGCUGAGGCACACUGCGAGAAGGUAAGAGGGGACGCACAUCAUGGCGGAUAGAGACAGUGGCAGUGAGCACGGAGGAUUCGCCACGGGCCCCGGCGCCGGCCCGAUGCACCCGUCCCGCCUUCAGCACGACACCGAGGAGCUUGCCUCAAAACGCGUUGACAUCCAGAACAAGCGCUUCUACCUGGACGUCAAGCAGAACGCCAAAGGCCGCUUCCUGAAGAUAGCUGAGGUCGGGGCCGGAGGAAACAAGAGCCGCCUGACUCUCUCGAUGUCAGUAGCUGUGGAGUUCCGUGACUACUUAGGGGACUUCAUCGAGCAUUACGCCCAGCUGGGCCCUAGUAACCCUGAGAUGGUGCAGGACGAGCCCCGGCGGGCCCUAAAGAGCGAGUUUCUGGUGCGGGAGAAUCGGAAGUAUUACAUGGAUUUAAAAGAAAACCAGAGGGGGCGGUUUCUGAGGAUCCGUCAAACCGUGAAUCGGGGGCCCGGAUUGGGAACUGCACAAGGCCAGACCAUCGCGCUUCCAGCCCAGGGACUCAUUGAGUUCCGCGACGCGUUGGCUAAACUCAUCGAUGAUUACGGAGUGGACGAGGAGCCCGCGGAGCUACCGGAAGGCACUUCACUUACGGUGGACAAUAAGCGCUUCUUUUUCGAUGUGGGCUCGAACAAGUAUGGAGUGUUCAUGCGCGUUAGCGAGGUGAAGCCGACCUACCGCAACUCCAUCACAGUGCCCUGCAAAGUGUGGUCCAAAUUCGGCGCAACGUUCUGUAAAUACGCGGACGAGAUGAAGCGGAUCCAAGAGCGGAGUCGAGAGAGGAGGGCACGCGAGCUGCUACCGGAGGGCCUACAUGGAGACGAAGCAGACGAGGAUUGAUGGAUAUACGGAUUUCAGACGAGACAGAGAGAGACCGCUGAAAAAAAAUAAAAAAAAUAUAUAUAUGAAAUAACGAAUGACAUUUAAUCAAACGUUACUGUAAAUGUUAAAAGCGCGAGAGAGAAUUCCAAGGGAUCACCCUACCACAACCUUCACAGACUUGCAGUUACAUCCCACCCAUCGCCGGAUACUACCCACUUACCACCGUACUACAGUAAGCCGCUGCUAUCAGUAACAUUGGUCUAUGAACCGUUUUCUGCUCACAAAAAAUGAUAUUGGACCGGAGUUUGUCUCUCCCCUGUCAACAGCCAGUUUUCUACACGUACAGGCCAUUGAAAUGGGUUCCAAAGUGCAAAUUCAAGAUGUUAUAGCGAAAAAAAGAAAAGAAUAUAUAUAUAUACGUUUUUAUGUGUGCUAACAUUUGACUCCAGCACAAAUCAAAUAAUAUUUAGGAGUUUUAUGAAAUAAAACUUCAGCCUAGAAGUUUACACAGAGUAUAUGGUACGCAGAUAGCCUACUAAAGCAAGGCCGUUACGUCCUUGUGUGUUUGUACGCACAGUGUACAGGCUCUGGAAGACGUGUUAACAAGCAUCUAUCUGGAAAAAAGGAAAAAAAAACUAAAAGUAAACAUGCAUUUGAAGAAUUAGAGGUACUUUAUAUUCACCUGUUUGCCAUUUUGAAAUAGUAGAGACGGCAGACGAGAGCGUCAGGUCGCAGGUGACGUCCCAUUAUGACCAGUGCGCAAGUCCUAAUAUUGAAUAUCAGCCCCCAGCACCCGUACCCCCUUGGGAAAAUGGAAUGACAAAAAGUGCUAACUUAGAAUAAUGAAAUAUGAUUUUGUGAAUCAGAUGUAUUUAAAUUCUGAACAUGCCCACGUUUUCUGUGGGAGUAUUCUUUUGUUUCUUUCUCUCUUUUUGGGGUGGGCGGGAGGGGGGGUUAUACAAAGCAGGAGCUGUCCACCAGUACGAGCUUGAGUCGUGUUCUACGAGAGAAGAAUCCAUGCGGGCGGCACGUGAGGCCCACGCGGAUCGUCCUCUACAACGUCAAAAACAACCUGGUGCCUUAUCCCUGCUCCACAUGUUUACAUGCUCCACGCGCCCCGACGCUUUCAGUCACUCGUCUUGCUUCGUCUUUGGCUCACUGCAGGCGCGUUACUGCGACACUUGUGGUGCUCCUAAACGGACUUGUCAUUAGAAGCCAAACUCAAAACACAAAGUAGCCUACUCGGCUUUCCUCUCUGUCUUGUCAUCUGGAGAAGCCGACGGUGAUCUGCAGAGAUCAAGCUGCGCGGUGAUGUAAACAUGGAUAACUUCACCUGGAGGGAUGAGGGACUGCUCGUAAAGCUCUGUGUGAAACACAAACAUGGAAAAAGUAAAGUUGUACAUGGUUGUUGUCCUGUGGGUGGGUG